UAUAUAUUUUGACCAUAUAUCGGCUACAAGUAUGGUUGGUGAAAAUGAAAGAAUUAUUUUGAAGGGCUGCCUUAUUUCACAAAUUGCAUAGUUUUCAUAAAUUAAUUAUGGAUCACUCAAGAAUCUCUCUGAGGCCAUUCAAGGCAUCUGAUGCGGACGAUUUUCUUAAAUGGGGUGGUGAUGAUAGAGUGACACGUUAUCUGAGAUGGAACUCCAUCACAUCUAAAGAAGAAGCUUUAGCCUAUAUAGAGAAGGUUGCUAUUCCUCACCCAUGGCGUCAAUCUAUAUGUGUGGAUGACUGCUCCAUUGGAUACGUUUCCGUGAAGCCAGAAUCGGGUGAUUACCGGUGUAAAGCACAUGUUAGCUAUGCACUGGCUGCGGAAUACUGGGGACAAGGGAUAGUUGCAGAGGCUUUGAGAAGGGCAAUACCAAUUGUCUUUAAAAAAUUUCCGGAAGUGAAGAGACUUGAGGCUUUGGUGGAGGAGGAGAAUAAGGGGUCUCAAAGGGUGCUGCACAAAGUUGGUUUUGUCAUGGGAGGGGUGCUUAGGAAGUAUGCAUUUUGUAAAGGGGACAUCAAGGAUUUCCUUAUCUUCAGCUUCUUGGCCACAGCUCAUGAUUAAUCAUUAUCAUUUUCAUCGUUUGCAAAGUAGCGGUAGCUUAAUAAACUAUGAAGAUAAGAGGGUAGGAUUAUUGCUGAGCCUAUGCUUGGAAGCCCGGCCAUCAUUCAAAAAUCCCCCUUCUCCCGGACUAUUUGGCCUCUUAUAUUUAAACUACUUGUAUUAAUUUGUCUUAAGCAGUUGGGUAGGAGAUAAAUUUUAAAUUUUUUCAUGUCUAAAAAUCAUGAAUCUUGAGAAUCUAUUUCCUGUGCGUGAAUAAAAUCUGUUGUAUUAAGAAUAUUUAGAUAAAUUUUCUGGGUAUUAAAAAAUUACGUGUUUAUUGUUUACCUUAAUGUAUAAUAAGAGU